AUGAGCAGUAAGCUGCUUCGGGUCUACCCUUCCGAGCUCAAGAUUCCCUAUGAGGUCAAGAAGCAGCGGUCUUGCUUCAUGGAGCUGACGAACAGGACCGACCAGUACGUGGCCUUCAAGGUGAAAACAACGAACCCAAGGAAAUACUCUGUGAGGCACGCCUGCGGUAUACUUCUUCCCCGGAGCUCGUGCAAUCUCACAGUUACUAUGCAGGCUCCAAUGGAGAUGCUAUCUGAUCACCACUGCAAGGACAAGUUCCUUGUGCAAAGUGUUGUAGUGAGAGAUGGGGCAACGAUGAAAGACUUCCUGCCCGAACUGUUCGUUAAAGCACCAGGUAGGGUGAUUGGGGAGUUCAAGCUGCGCGUGGUGUACAUUGCUGCUAAUCCUCCAUCACCGGUUCCAGAGGAAGAAGAGGAAGAGGAUUCAUCCCCUCGGUCAGAGGUGAUAGGCUGUGAAGAGAAAAGAUCACUUGUAUUUAAUGCUACACCUACUUAUAUACGGGCAUCUGGAGAAGAACCUUCAUGUGCUGAGGUUACCCCUGUAAAAUCAAGGAUGGAUGAAGAGAAGGAAUGUGCAAUUGCAGUAGAAGAAAAACUGAAGCUUCAAUACAAAAUGGAACUGCUUGAAGAAACAAGAUCAUCUCAACAACAAGAAGGAUUCUCACUGAUGUUUGUAGUGUUAGUCUUCAUGUCAUCUGUGUUCAUUGGACACUUGAUGAAUGACAUCAAGGUUUAG